AUGACCGCUGCUACUCAACAGAAAUCCGUCCCCUCAGAGCAGACGCCCCUUCUGGGCCGUUUAGAAGAUGUGCCCGAUGCGCCUCGCGUCCUAGUAACUGUCUUCCAGGGCUCAGCGAUUAUGGUAGCCAUGGGUCUGCUGUUGUUCAUUCAAGCCACCCAAAUCACCGCAAUGACCACCGCUCAAUCGGCCAUUGCCACCGAGUUCGACGCCUUCUCCGUGGCUACAUGGUUCAGUUCCGUGUUUCUGAUCGCCUACUCGAGCAUUACGCCCCUCUCCGGCCGACUGUGUCAAAUCUUCACGCCCCGCGUCUACGUCUUCUUCACCUCGAGCCUGUUGGCGUUGGGCCUGUUUGUCACCGCCGCGGCCCCGAAUCUGACCGUGUUUCUGGUCGGACGAGCCAUCGCGGGUUGUGGCGCGGGCGGCCAGAGCGUGACGGCGUUGGUGCUGGCGCUGGAUCUGACGAGCAAGAAGCGCAGGGGGCUGUUCCUGGGCCUAAUCAGCGCGGCCAUGACGACGGGGAUCGCGUCGGGGGCCGUUCUCUCGGGCCUCCUGACCACAGUCUACGGAUGGCGUCUCAUCUUCUGGAUCCAAGCCCCGAUCACCCUCCUCCUCGCCCCGAUCAUGUUCUUCGCCGUCCCCGUCCCGCCCGCGGCCGCGCAGGAUGAGCAGGACGGGCGCACACUACUCCGAAAGCUCGCCCAGGUCGACUACGCGGGCGCGUUGACCCUAACCCUCUCCGUCACCCUCCUUCUGUCCAGCCUCGCCUCCUCCACCAUCCAAAUAACCCCGAUCCUCGCCUUCCUAGUCUCCACCGCCCUCUUCCUAGCCAUCGAGUCCCACUACGCAACGCAACCCAUCAUCCCGCUGCACCUCAUUCGCCAGCGCAGCGUGUUCCUCACCUGCCUCGCAGGCCUCCUAACGAUGAUGGCCCGGUGGGCCGUCCUCUUCUACAGCCCGGUCUACGCAAUGGUCGUGCGCGACUGGACCCCGGCCUCCGCAGGACUAAUCCUGGUCCCCACGAACGCGGGGUUCGGUCUCGGCGGCGUUCUGGCGGGGUGGCUACACAUCCGCAGAUCGCAGAGCUACUACCUCUCCAGCCUGCUGGGCUAUAGUCUCUUCGCGCUGGCCGCGCUCCUCCUCGCCCUCCUCGCGACCCCGACCUCCCCGGUCCCAAGUUUUGUGGCGGCCACGUUCCUCCACGGUCUCGCGGUGGGCGCCCUCCUGAAUUACACCCUCUCGCAUCUGCUGCACCUCACCGUGCCGGAGGUGCAUUACCUGGUCGGUGCGUUGGUGGGCAUGAGCCGUGGCUUUGCGGGGAGUUUUGGCUCCGCGAUCGGCGGGGGGUUCUUUGUGAGGGAGUUAAGGCGCGGGUUGGUGGAGGGGUUUCAGGAGUACGGGGUUGGCGGGGACAGGAAGAAGGAGUUGGUCAGGAAGUUGGUGGGCAGUCCGGCGCUGGUGAAGGGGUUGAGUGGCGUGGAGAGGGUGGUCGCCGUGGGGAGUUAUCAGGCUGCGUUGCAGCGCUUGUUCUUGGGGAGUUGUGCCUUGAUUCUUGUUGCUGCGGUCGCGCAGGCGGGGACCGGGUGGAGGGGCUCAACCUCAUUUGCUUACCUGUAG